GUGAGAAAUAUAAGCUCAAAUCGGAGGCAGCUCGACCGAGGACGGGGAGGGAGAGAGAGAGAGAGAGAGACAGACACUCUGAGACAAACACGCACACACACAAACAACAAGGACCAUGUCGCGGCCACAGACUGACGUGGAGAAGAGGAAGCAGAUCAGCGUGAGGGGACUGGCCGGAGUGGAGAAUGUGACCGACCUGAAGAAGAAUUUUAACCGGCACCUGCACUUCACCCUGGUCAAGGAUCGCAAUGUGGCCACGCCCCGCGACUACUACCUGGCGCUUGCGCACACCGUCCGAGACCACCUGGUGGGCAGGUGGAUCCGCACCCAGCAGCAUUACUAUGAGCAGGACCCCAAGCGUAUUUAUUAUCUGUCCCUGGAGUUCUACAUGGGCCGCACACUGCAGAACACAAUGGUGAACCUGGGUCUACAGAACGCCUGCGAUGAAGCCAUCUAUCAGCUCGGUCUGGACAUGGAAGAAUUGGAAGAAAUAGAAGAAGAUGCUGGCCUUGGAAACGGGGGUCUAGGCCGGCUGGCUGCAUGCUUCCUGGACUCCAUGGCGACGUUGGGGCUGGCUGCCUAUGGCUACGGCAUCCGGUACGAGUUUGGCAUCUUCAACCAGAAGAUUUCCCAUGGGUGGCAGAUCGAGGAGGCUGAUGACUGGCUGAGGUAUGGCAAUCCCUGGGAGAAGGCCCGUCCGGAGUACACCAUCCCCGUCAACUUCUACGGCCGAGUGGACCAUACCGCUGAGGGUAUCAAAUGGGUGGACACCCAGGUUGUCCUGGCUUUACCCUAUGAUACCCCAGUGCCUGGCUUCAAGAAUAACACCGUGAACACUAUGCGGCUGUGGUCUGCCAAAGCACCCAAUGAUUUUAAACUGGAAGACUUCAAUGUUGGUGGCUACAUCCAGGCCGUGCUCGACAGGAAUGUGGCUGAGAACAUCUCCCGCGUGCUUUACCCCAACGACAACUUCUUUGAGGGGAAGGAGCUGCGUCUGAAGCAGGAGUACUUUGUGGUUGCUGCCACUAUGCAAGACAUCAUCCGCCGCUUCAAGUCCUCCAAGUUUGGCACCCGCGAUGCUGUCCGUACCACGUUCGACUUGUUCCCCGACAAGGUGGCCAUUCAGCUGAACGACACCCACCCUGCCCUGGCCAUCCCGGAACUCAUGCGGAUACUUGUAGACAUUGAACACUUGAGCUGGGAGAAGGCCUGGGAGGUUACUACACGUACCUGCGCCUACACCAACCACACAGUGCUGCCAGAGGCCCUGGAGCGCUGGCCUGUCCCCCUCUUCGAAUCUCUGCUGCCACGGCACCUCUCCAUCAUCUAUGAGAUUAACAAGAGGCAUCUGGAGCACGUGGCUAAAAAGUUCCCAGGAGACCAUGACCGCCUGCGUCGCAUGUCGCUGAUUGAGGAGGGAGGGACCAAGAGGAUCAACAUGGCUCACCUGUGCAUCGUCGGGGCUCACGCUGUCAAUGGAGUAGCCCGCAUCCACUCAGAGAUCCUGAAAGAAACCAUCUUCAAAGACUUCUACGAGAUUGAGCCCCAGAAGUUCCAGAACAAGACGAAUGGGAUAACCCCACGCCGCUGGCUGGUGCUGUGUAACCCUGGCCUGGCAGACGUCAUCGCUGAGAAAAUUGGUGAAGAAUAUAUCUCUGAUCUGGAUCAGUUGAAGAAGCUGCUGUCAUUCGUUAAUGAUGAAGCUUUUAUCCGAGCCGUGGCUAAGGUGAAACAGGAGAACAAGCUGAAAUUCGCGAUGCUUCUGGAGAAUGACUACAAGGUGAAGAUCAACCCCAACUCCAUGUUUGAUGUGCAGGUCAAGCGCAUCCAUGAGUACAAGCGCCAGCUGCUGAACUGCCUCCACAUCAUCGCCUUCUACAACCGCAUAAAGAAGGAGCCCAACAAACAGUUCACACCCCGCACAAUCAUGAUUGGAGGAAAGGCCGCCCCAGGAUACCACAUGGCCAAGCUCAUCAUCAGACUCAUCACUGCAAUUGGCGACAUAGUGAACAAUGACCCUAUAGUGGGAGAUCGGCUGAAGGUCAUCUACCUGGAGAACUAUCGGGUGUCGCUCGCUGAGAAAGUGAUCCCAGCCUCUGACCUCUCUGAGCAGAUCUCCACGGCCGGCACUGAGGCUUCGGGUACUGGCAACAUGAAGUUCAUGCUGAACGGCGCGCUCACCAUCGGCACCAUGGACGGUGCCAACGUGGAAAUGGCAGAGGAGGCAGGGCAGGAGAACUUCUUCAUCUUUGGCAUGUUGGUGCACGAGGUGGACGCCAUGGACAGACGGGGCUACAAUGCCCGAUCCUAUUAUGACCGACUGCCAGAGCUGAAACAGGCCAUCGACCAGAUCAGCAGUGGAUUCUUCAGCCCAAAGGAGCCACACCUCUUCAAGGGCAUUGUCGACAUGCUGAUGCACCAUGACAGAUUUAAAGUGUUUGCUGACUACGAAGAUUACAUCAAAUGCCAGGAGCGAGUCAGCGCCCUCUACAAGAAUCCCAGAGAGUGGACCAAGAUGGUCAUCAAGAAUAUCGCCACCUCCGGAAAGUUCUCCAGCGACAGGACAAUUGCCGAGUAUGCCCGGCAGAUUUGGGGCGUGGAGCCCAGCAAACACAGGAUCCCAGCCCCCAACGAGCCCCGGAUCUAAUGCUCCUCCUCUCCAACCCCCGGGAGUCCCUCUCUUUUUUCCCCCCCUCCCCACUUCGCACCCUGGCUUCCUCACAUCCUCCCUCGUGUUCUCUGCGCCUAAGGCACCCAUCUCGGUGCUGCUGCCUGCGAGCUUGGCCUCCCCCCCCCACCCCCACCACCGCCCCCCCCAGCUCUGGAAGGCAAACCUGCUGGUUCUCCAAGCCAAGCGGGGUGGGCUAUGCUCGGAGACCCCCGCCAACCAAGCAACAGGCGGCCCAGACCCGUGGGACUCAGCGGAAGGGGGGAGACAAAGGCAAUCUUUGCCCGCCCCUCCCCGCCCCACGGCUGCUCCUUACUAUAUCACCCGAGAUUUGUUUUGGCACGUUGCAUUCUUUGUUGACACUGAAGAGAAAGUCGGAGGUAAUUUUCAACAUGGCCGCCGAGGUGCUAGUCUGGUCCUGGGUGGUGGUGGAGUGGG